UCCCAGUAGAUCCCGCGGCCGUGAUCUCACAGAAGGGGCGGAGCUGUGGGCGAGGACAGCCAGCCGGAGAGAAACAGAACCGCAGAGGCAGAAGGCGCGAUUCCGGGACGCGCCGAUGUAGCCCUGCGUUGGCCAGAAAGCCGACAGCCAGCGCAUUGCGCUGCGAAAGGUCCUUCCGACGUCGGGGAAGCCCGUGAGAAAUCCGAGGCCGCCUCCGCCCGACGUAGGGGCUCUCUGCCCUAGCCAGCCAAAACAGAAUAAAAAAAACCCCGAGGAUGGAUAAAUAUAAAGCUUUGGAGCAACUGCUUACAGAACUCGAAGACUUUCUGAAGAUACUGGACAAGGAGAACCUCAGCAGCACUGCUGUUGUGAAAAAGAGCUUUCUUGCUGACCUCCUUCGGCUGUGCACCAAAUCAAGUGGUGGUGAUGAGGAAUACAUUUACAUGAACAAAGUCACCAUCAAUAAACAACACGGUGAACCAGAGAAACCAGACAGAGUGUUAGGUCACAGAGACUCCUUGACCAAUGGGGAAGUGGAACAGCAUUUGACUCCUCCUCGGAAGAGUUUGCCAGACCUUCCACCUUCAAAAAUAAUUUCAGAAGCAAAGCAACAUUCAGGCCCAAAGACUGAAUCUCCAGAAGGGUACUAUGAAGAAGCUGAGCCCUUUGGUGUUUCUCUGAAUGAUGACGGGGAAGCAGUCAGCAGCUCCUAUGAAUCUUAUGAUGAAGAAGAGAACAUCAAAGGCAAGUCAGCCCCUCACCAGUGGCCUUCCCCUGAAGCUUCCAUUGAACUCAUGAAAGAUGCCCGGAUCUGUGCUUUCCUUUGGCGGAAAAAAUGGCUAGGCCAGUGGGCCAAGCAGCUGUGUGUGAUUAAGGACAACAGAUUGUUGUGCUACAAGUCUUCCAAGGACCAAAAUCCUCAGCUGGAUGUUAAUUUGUUGGGCUGCAGCGUCAUCCACAAGGCAAAGAACGUGAGAAAGCAGGAACAUAAGCUGAAAAUCAUCCCCAUGAAUGCAGAUGUAAUUGUGCUGGGUUUGCAGAGUAAGGACCAGGCAGAACAGUGGCUCAGGGUAAUCCAAGAGACAAGUGGACUCUAUCCGGAUGGAUUGUGUGAAGGCAAUCAGUAUGUUCCAGACUUCCAGCGACUUAGUUAUCCCAAAGUGGAGACAUCUGAGAGAUACCUGGUGGCAUCAGAAAGUGGAAGCAGCACUGAUGGACACACAGAACUGACAGAAACCAAAGAUGUUAAGAAGAAAGGCACAUCUGGUUUAAAACUGAGCAACCUGAUGAACCUUGGAAGAAAGAAAUCUGCCUCUCUGGACAGUCCAGAACGGUCUUUGGAUACUUGUACAUACCUGAAUGUGCUAGUGAACAGCCAGUGGAGAUCUCGGUGGUGUCACGUGAAAGAUGGGCAGCUCCAUUUCUACCAGGACAAGAACAGAAGUAAAAGUGCUCAGCAUCCCCUGAACCUGAUGGGCUGUGAAAUUAUCCCAGACCCAACUCCUGACCGUCUCUACUCAUUCCGUAUCUUGCAUAAUGGAGAGGAACGGGCCAUGUUAGAGGCCAAGUCUGGCGAAGAAAUGGGCCACUGGCUUGGUCUCCUUUUAUCGGAAUCAGGCUCAAAAACAGACCCUGAAGAACUUACCUAUGAUUACGUGGAUGCUGACAGGGUUUCCUGCAUCGUCAGUGCGGCAAAGAAUUCAUUACUUUUAAUGCAGAGGAAGUACUCUGAGCCCAACACUUACAUUGACAACUUGCCAAAGGGAAAAGAGGGUCAAGAGGAGCUCUACGAUGAUGUGGAUGUUCCAGAGGCACCAAUGGAGGAAGUGCCCCCAAAUGAAGGCAAAGACGAGGGGGAGCAGGACAGAGUCUAUCUAGAUCUCACUCCAGUCAAAUCCUUCCUUCAUUGUGCUGGCAAAAAGCAUGGCCAGCUCUCCCCGUCAGUUUCUCCAUCACUGCAAAGAGCUGCCAAGAGCUCAACAGACUUCGAGAGAAAAGCAGAUUUGAGUAAAAGAUCAUUGGAAAUUCCAGACCAGAGGUCUCAAGACAUUGAUGAGAUGCUCCCACCACAAACAACCACAGUUAAAAUUCAGACACAGCAGCAGCAAAUUAUCUUUCCUCAGAGCAGCCCUGAAGUUAAGGACACCACAACAAUUAUGGCUGCAUCCAAAGAGAAAAUGGAACGGUCCAAACUAGUGAAUACAGCACCCGUAGAAACCAAACUAGGCAAGAACAGGACAGAGGCUGAAGUGAAGCGAUACUCGGAAGAAAGAGACCGGCUGGAGAGGGAAAAAGAAGAAAUGCGUUCUCAGCUAGCACAGCUGCGGAAAGAAAGAAGAGAGCUGAAAGAGAAGCUGAUAAGCUGCACAGACAAGAGCCUUUUGCCUACAAUGGAGCAAAAACUGAAGGAAAUAGAGGAGGAGUGCAAAAGGAAAGAAGAUCAGCGUGUGGACUUAGAGCUGAGCCUCGUGGAAGUGAAGGAGAAUCUCCGGAAAGCAGAGUCUGGUCCUGUUACACUUGGCACCGCUGUGGACACCACACACCUGGAGAAUGCAAGCCCUAAAAUGAAAGUUGCCAAUCCUUUGAAUGGCACAGAAAACUCACCUGUCAAUUCAGCAAUGGCACUAAAAAACCGGCCAUUAUCUGUUAUGGUCACAGGGAAAGGAACAGUUCUACAGAAAGCCAAGGAAUGGGAGAAGAAAGGUGCUAGUUAGAAAAUCCUAAUUCAGUAAUGGAUUUAAGAUUAUAAGUGGCCAUUCGUGGACUACAGGAUUCUCUUCCCAGUAGAUAAAUGGUCCAGAUGAGGCAAAGCAUGGCCGGCAGUACACCAUGGCAUUCCAUCUAGAAGAAAUGAUGGACCUGGGCCAGAUUCCAACAUGGCCUUCAUCAGACUAAGGAUUUUGCUCCUUUUAGCAGAGGUGUGCUGUGUAUCUGAAAGAGUUAACACAAGUUGAACCCUUGCUUCUAACCCAGCUGAUGUUAUGAAAAUGUUGCUGUACAUAAGGAUGCUUUUUGUGUAUUUCUACUUUGGUGUUUUAUCAUUGUCCAAUCCAGGAUUUGUUGUGAGCAAUAGAGCAUCAACCUGAUCAGAGCUGCUUAAUGUACCUUUGAUACACCAGGGCCAGAGGCUUUUGGAGGUAAAUUCAGUUGUCCUGUGAGCUAAAAUCCUGACAGCUAGGUAAGUAAAUCCAAGGUUCCAUGGUAGACUUUUCCUUUGGAGAAAAGCUUUUAUAACCAAUGAAGAAAACCUGAGAGAAGGUCAGGGGCACCAAGUAACUUAACUAAAAUGUACUAUUAUUAUCACAUGUUAAUAAUCAUAAUUGCAGUACACAGUGCAUCCUGACUUCCCACAAAGAUUUCCUGACCAAAAAGUGCAGCUACUCAAUGGAGUCUGGUCUGUUAGGGCAAAGGGAGCACCACCCCACUAAUCUCAGUCCAGGGGUGGCCCUGGCUGUCAACUUCCUCCUCAUUAGUCUCAGUUUUGCCCUUGGAAAACUCAGCAGGAGGAUGAAAAAAAAACUAGAACUAGGAUGCAAUCCAUUUACCUGGGAGUAAGUCCCUUUGAACCCAAUGGAGCUUACUUCUGAGUAGGCAUGCCUUGGAUUGCAGCCUUAGUUGGUUCUGCCUUUCAUUGGCUCUGGCCCCACUUCCUUGGUCCUCUCUGCCUUCCACCCCACUAGUCUCAGUGAGUGCCACCCACCACCGUCGCAACUUAAGUUUCAAAGUUUAAUGUUGGGACAAGGCCCACCUCUCUUCAGGAGAGCUGUUACCCAUUGCGGACACCAGAGUGAUGCAUCCUGAUCUGCUGAGUUCACGGGCAACAAGGCAUUCCAAUACAUGCAGUGAACUCCUAUAAAUACCAAGGGCUUCCCGGUGAAAUCAGUUGCAGGGGCAGCUCUGCAGACGCAUCUCACUUUGAAUAAGGACCUGUGCUAAAUGCUGAAGUGAAGUAAGAAGGCAUGAAUGGAUGGGCAACUCAGUUUUUGUGGAUUGGGGCCAGAAAGUCAUUUGGCAUAGAUAAGUUCACUCUUUAGCCAUUGCAUCUGUCAUUUUCUCACAUAGUUAAAGAUGAUUUGAGGCAAAAAUAAAAGGGUGGAACUUCCUGGCCUAUCUUCUAAAAUGCAAUUAAAGACACUGGUUCUGAUGCACUUUAGUAACUCUGGAAUGCUUCAGGCUGAUAUACAUACGAAGGUAGCCUAUAUGAGCAGAUGCCACAUCACUUUCUAUUCUGUACAGUACUUUCCAUAAUGUAUCAAAGUUAAUUUUAAAUGCACUCUCCCAGAAAAAGAAAAGAAUAGUUUACCCAUGUAUGUUGGAUUUAAUCACCCAAGCAUUUGGAAGAGUGGGGAAUCCCCCAACCCCAUUUUAAACAUAUUCUUAUCAUUGUUUUCUAUCAACAAAAGUAUAAUGAAAGCAAGGGAGAACUUGAGUGAGAUGUGUUCCCAAAACCCAAGGAGAAUAAAUUUGGUGUAUGUGUAGAGUUAGGCAUGGGCUGUAUGCCAAAAGAAAAUUACAAUUGAAGUCUGAAUAUGAAUGAUUUUUCAAAGGGGAGAAAUUGUUAUUAAAUCAUUAGUGCUAACAUAGUACUAAAUACAGUACAGACCACAGAUGUGGGCUCAGCAGGCAUGCUAUACAAGGUCCUUUCCAGACAAUCAGUUUCAUGUGCAAUAAAGGUGCACUCCUGCUAAUUGGCUGUUACGGGACUGCUAACCCUCUCUUCCCGCAGCUAGUAAGUCUAUUAUAGAGAAGUAGUGUUUUCUCAGCAAUAAAAGUAGUAUUUCUCACUGGAAAAAUGCUGUUUCUCCACCUAGCUAAUACAUGGCCAUGUACAGGAAUUUGUGUCCUGUGAUUUGCAUGAGUGCCAGUACUGGUGAGUGUCCAUGUCUUCAGUGGUGAUCACAUCAUGUUCUUUUCCCCAAUGCCUGUGCCAUUUUAGAUUAUUUUAAAGGACACGAUAUAUUUCCCUGUUGCAUCCACUCACCCCACCCACAUGUACACAAAGGAGUCCAUGUCAGCAGCCCUGCACCUGUGGGGCUGCCUGCUCCUGAUUACGUGCUGGGUGUGUGUGAUUGGCUUGUGCCCCACAUAUUUAAUUACUCUGACUUAAUUUAAUUACUCUGACUUCUAGAAGUUGAGCUGCUCCUGCUCUUCUGCUGCAGGCAGAGUUCUCAUGUAGCUCUAAAAAGAGGUGGUGGGGAGAAGAGGUCACUUCACCAAGAAUUUCUUGUCCCACAACCAUCUUUUGUCAUUUUGUAAACCUUUUCUUUAGCACUGCAAUCCAGCCAAAGAUGCUAACUUUAAGUCUCCUUGAUUUCAUUGGGAAAGUCAAGAAUGUGCUGAAGUGGCUUCCCUGACCAUCAAGACUCCAUGCAGUUUCACCACAGGCUUGUUUUCUCGACAUAUGCCCCACUGCUGUGUAUCCUGGUAAGUGUGCAAGGGUUGCACCUUAGAAGUACUUAACUUUGCCUGGAUCAUGUGAGGAGGGAUGUCUUGGAAAGGCCCGACACUCACAAGAAGGAAACAAACCCUAGAUCUACAUAUACGCUAUUGUUUGUUUUUCUGGGGCAACAUGAUUUCCUGACGUUUGUUCGUAUCACGAGAGAACAGUCUCGUUAAGUUUGCAGACGAGAUAUUAUUUAAGUUAAAAGCCAGCUAUGUCAUAUCAUUACGUAUUAAAACCAGGCUUUUGAAAAAGUACAGUACAAGUGUUACCACUAUCCACAGGUUACAGGCCCAUUUGAAAGAGGUAUGCUGUGCACUGCCAUUUUGAGAGAAAUGGUGAAGGUAGAUCACGAUUAGUCUUAAAAGCAGGACAGUGUGGCAUCCACAGUUAUUCUUGAAGUACUGAUUCUAAGUGGCAAGACACAUUGACCCCAAACAUUGUUGUGCCAGGGUCUGCACCGUCAGUGCUGUUGUAACAUGUCUUGUGAUGUCUGUAUUGCAUUUUCUCUGUUUGCUGGUGCUAUGCAAGUGUUAAGAUGGGGGCAUUAGGGCAGGGACGGGUGGCGAGGUCAAUAAAGCUUUGGCACUCUGAUGCCCUGACAACUGGAAGCAUCAAUGGGGAAAGUGCCAGAGGUGGAGCAAUUGACCCUUUAACCCCAGCAUCUGUGCCACCAGUCUGUUGUAGCCACACAAUGCUGUGUAUCCACCCAAGCACUAUAGCUGAUAGUGGUGUCAGUCAGGGCACAGUAAUUCAAUAUAAAAGCAGGCAAUUUCAGAUUCAAGGUAUUCAUUUAACUAACCAUAGAAUGAAGAAUUAUUAUUGUGUUCCUUGCUAAAAAUAAUUCCCAUUUGUUGUACAUGUGUUUUUUUCAAUCAGUUGCUAUUUUAGAAGAGGUUUUUUUUAAAUAAAAA